AUGCACAAGGGUGGUACUUCUUCGGUCUACCGGGGUGUCAGAAAAAGGAAGUGGGGAAAAUGGGUGUCCGAAAUACGUGAGCCCGGGAAGGAUUCGCGGAUCUGGUUAGGGAGUUUUGAGACGCCGGAGAUGGCGGCAGCCGCCUAUGACGCGGCGGCAUUUUACCUCCGUGGCGGUGAUGUCUCCAAACUUAAUUUUCCGGAAAGAGCAAAUGAACUCCCGAGACCGGUCUGCUCAACUGCAGAAUGUAUACGCAUGGCGGCCCAAGAGGCCGCCACGCGGUUCAGACCCCUGCUCAUGCCAGAAUAUGGUCAUGACCAGAGUGGGUCUGGGUCUGGGUCAAGUCAUAUGGUCCCAGUCAAUAUCGGACUUUCGCCUAGUCAAAUUCAGGCGAUAAAUGAUUCGCCGCUUGAUUCCCCGAAAAUUUGGAUGGAAUUGAGUGAUGUUUUUAUUGCGGAACAAAAAUUGUAUUUUUGUAAUGCUGCUGCUAACUUUGAUCAAAUGGGUGAGUGGGGAGAGAUACCGGAUUAUCCUCUCUGGGAUUCUUAUUAG